UCCAGUCAGAGGAGGGUCAGAGGGAGGACCCGAGCUGGAAGCAGUCACAUGGGCACAGUUAGAGUUAAGUUUCACUUCUGUGCUGCAGAAGAAGGACGAUGGAGGGUCUGAGGGGUCUGCUGGUUCUGGUUCUGGUGCUGGUCUCUGUGCCAUGUUCAGACUGUGUGAGGUGUUUCGCACGCUUCGACCUGAACACAGGUGAGUGUAAUGAGGAGAUCGGUGAGGUGGACGAAGACGACUGCUGUCAGAACCCAAACUAUGGUUACAUGGAAACAGACGGACAGUGUGAGUCCUGUGGUCUUCCCGCGUGGUCUUCUUGGUCGUCAUGGUCCCUGUGCAACGUCCUGUGUGGGCAGGGAGUGAGACAGAGAAGCAGGAAGUGUUUCGGUAUCGACCAAUCAGAGUGCGAGAAUGCUCCACUUUCUGAAAAACUUCAGACUGAACCCUGCAGUGGCGUCUGCUGCGACGAUGAGGGGUGGAGCUCGUGGCUCGCCUGGUCUCCAUGCUCGGUCACCUGUGGAGGCGUCGGGGUCAGGAAGCGAAGGCGAGAAUGCUCCAGUCCUCCUCAGUGUCGCAUGGCUUGCAGCGGUCCUUCAGAGGAGACUGAGAGAUGUACAGCUCAAAACACCUGUCCAGUCCACGGUGGUUGGUCCAGCUGGUUUGGCUGGUCUCAUUGUUCUGCUACGUGCAUCGCUAAAUCGGAUGGCGAUGUCAUCAUUCCCUCCAGGGUGCGACAUCGCUCCUGCUCUAACCCCAGCCCCUCAGAGAACACAUCGCCACCUGGCAACGGUUGCCCUGGAGACGUGUUACAGGUGCAGCACUGUAGCGAGCUCCCCAACUGUGCAGAGGACGGCAGCUGGGGGGCGUGGUCUCCAUUCAGACCAUGCUCAGUCUCCUGUGGGGUGGGACUUCAGCUGUCAGAAAGGAAAUGUGAUAGCCCCGCCCCUAGAUAUGGAGGCAAAGUCUGCGAAGGGCCGAGCACUCAGAGCAAGAUCUGUGAGAGUCCCUGUCCAGUUGACGGGUUCUGGUCCGGUUGGUCGAGUUGGGGCGAGUGUUCAGGUUCCUGCAUUCCACAAGGCAGAGCCAUUCGAAGGACUCGCCAGCGCUCCUGUUCUAACCCCGCCCCUUCAUCCAACCCGCCUGGUCAAAAUUGUCAAGGUGACAGCCACCAGACAGAGAACUGCGACCACCUGCCCUUCUGCCCAGUGAAUGGAAGUUGGGGGUCUUGGUCACCCUUCAGUUCCUGUCCUGUUACCUGUGGGCUGGGCCUUCAGGUGUCAGUCAGGAGAUGUGACAGCCCCUCCCCCCAACAUGGUGGUAGUCCAUGUCUGGGAGAAGCACGUCAAACCAAGAUCUGCUCAACCAAACUCCACUGUCCAGUGGACGGCGUGUGGUCCGAGUGGUCCGAGUGGAGUGAGUGUAAGUACCCGGGCGGGCGAGACAUCCGCUGUAGGAAAACUUAUGGCAGCCAUUCACGAGUGCGCGAGUGUCUCCAUCGGGCUCAUAACGGGUCCAUCUGUGAAGGCGACAACCUGACCGAGAGACGAGUGUGCUACUACAUCAAAGACUGCAACAUGAACGGCCACUGGGAGGCCUGGACACCGUGGAGUCUCUGUGAUCCACCCUGCGGCGAAAACUCGGUCCGGUCCAGGAAGAGAAUCUGCAAACCUGAUUACACCGGCUACAACCUUUACCCUCCUCGUUCCUCGGAGAAAGCUUCAUUUUAUGGGACACCAAAAGUCAACUGCGGCCCGUUGCCCAUCGGCGAGCAGCAGGACCAGAGCCAGCCCUGCAUCAACGUCCCGCCCUGCGCCUAACCACGGCGAUGACAUCAGCUCUAACCUCGUACAGUUACCAACAGUCCAGAUGUCUGGCUGCAGAUGACGAUUUGAGGGCGGAGCUCGUGCUGGUGUGUUAUUAGAAUGAUGUCAUAGAUUACAUUUGACCUGUGAGGUCAAAGCUUCAGCGGCGUGAUUUUAA